AUGCCAGACACUCCAAAGCCGGGGUUCCAUCCGAUGACGCAGAGAGCACUUGGAAGGAAGCAGUUUGUGCUGGAUGUCAUCCAUCCCAGCAUGGCGAAUGCCGGCUUCUUAUCGGUGCAUAGACACGCGUUGCCUUGCCACAACCAGCUCCGCCAAGCCAUUCGUAGCAAGGUGUCAAAGAAGGACCUCACAGAAAAGUUGGCGAAAAUGUGCCCACGCGUUCGCUAUGACAUCACCACUAGACAGCUAGAGAGAAGUGACGAGCUCAUUGCAGCCAUGUACAAAGUGAAAGACACCGCCUGCAUCCAGCUGUUCAGCUUCAAGACGGCCUUCGGUGGUGGUCGAAGCACUGGUUUUGGUCUCAUCUACGAGAGCCUCGACAAGAUGAAGAAGUUCGAGCCGAAGUACAGGCUCAAGCGUGCCGGUGUCGGUGGUGAGAAGACGGGUGCAGGCCGCCGUGGAAAGAAGGACACCAAGAACCGAAUGAAGAAGGCUCGUGGCAAGGACAAGAGCAAGGCCCGCACGUCUGGCAAGAAGUGA